AACGUGUCAUUUUGAGUUGAAAGUUACAAGCAUGUUCAUGGCUGUUUGACUUUGGGACACUGGCGGAUGAGCGUGGAGAAAAAAAAUCCACAACUACUCUGGAUUUAUUACCCGAAUUUCUGAAAGAUUCUUGCUUAUUUCUUUAUUGCUACAUCCAAACAGAUAAGGAUGAUGAAUAAACACUUUGGGAAAAGUGGGAAUGUGAGUGAGCUGGUCAGCUCCCUCAGCUGGCUUGAGGAGGAUGGCAGCUCCCAGGAUGGAGAUGAAAGUCCAGAGAUGAAGAGUCAUCACCACGGCCUGGCUCUGGGAGGUCAGAUUCACUCCUGCGGAGAACUGGGCAGUGAGGAUAUGGAGGAAGAAGAGGAGGAGGAUGAGGAAGAGGAGAUGGGGCCUAAUGGAGAAAAUUGCCCCAAAAGGAGAGGUCCCAAGAAGAAGAAGAUGACCAAAGCUAGGCAGGAGAGGUUUCGUGCCCGAAGGAUCAAAGCCAAUGCAAGGGAGCGCUCUCGAAUGCAUGGGCUCAACAACGCUUUGGAUAACCUGCGCAGAGUGAUGCCCUGCUACUCCAAAACUCAGAAACUAUCAAAGAUUGAGACUCUGCGGCUAGCACGCAACUACAUCUGGGCUCUUUCUGAGGUGCUCGAGAAUGGUCAGUCCACAGAGAGCCAUGGGUUUGUGGAGAUGUUGUGCAAAGGUCUGUCUCAGCCCACAAGUAACCUCGUAGCUGGCUGCCUGCAGCUUGGGCCCACCCCUCUUAAUAUGAGCAAGCUUGAGGACAAAUGUGGAAGUCAAGUAGUAGGUGACCGAGUGGCUGGACAUCCACUCAGCUACCCAUCCCCAGGACUUCCCAGCCCACCAUAUGGCUCCCUUGAAGCAUCCCACCUUCUUCAAAUGAAGGGGUUCAAAGUGCCUGUAUAUGACAACCCCUCCCCUAACGAGUGCAGCAGUAGCACCCCUCCAUACGACGGGCCUCUCACUCCCCCCCUCAGCAUCAGUAGUAACUUUGCCUUGAAGCAGGAGCCAUCUCCACAGGAAUCAGAAAGGAACUACACAUCCCACCCUGGUCACCAUGCCCACUACCUCUCAGCUCACCAUUUCCCCACUACCACAGCUGGCAGUCUAUCAGGGGGAGUCCAAGCUCACCCAAUCUUUCAGGCUUCACGUUAUGAGCUGCCCCUGGAUUUGGCCUUUGAGUCUUUCACUCCCUUUCACUUGGUCACCUCUCAGAUGGGAACGAUCUAGGAUCAAAUAAAACCAGGAAGUGACUGGUCAGAAACUGUCCACAGAAGUGGAGCUGCCAAUCUAAGCUUAGAGGGAAAGACUUUUCAUUUCAACUCAAUCUACCUGAUGCAAACAUGCACCCAUAUUUUUUCCUUUUAUUUAUUCUUUUGUCUGAUUGAUGCGUAAAUUCUUAUUUCCGAAUGUUAACUCUGUAGUUAGGAAAGAGUAAAACUGGCCAAAACUUUACUCAGGCAAUAGUAAAUUACAAUUAGAGCUUAAGUUUGAACUCAAGACCUCUGAGAACAAAUUGAUCCAAUAUUUAUCCAGUUAAAUUCAUGCACUAAAAACUAAAGUCUUGAGUUUUAAGAAAACAACUAUUUAUAUGUAUUUAUUAUUUAUUUUGAUAGCAUCUUGUCCUUUUUUUAUAUUUCUCUCUGCACAGUUUAUGUGUCACUGUCUUCAUGGUUUGUUGCCAUCCACUGGUAGCUGUACUGUGCUUAAGAUAUUUAAUUUAAGUUCUUUCAGGUACUUAACCAUUUUUAUGUUGCCAUUUCUGUCAUAUGUGAUGUUAAUAUUUUGCUGUUUCGCACUUACUGAAAUAAAUAUUCUUAUAUUAUAUGCUAAUUCCAUAGUAACACUGUGUGAUAUGAAUUUUUGAUGCCUAUAAUUGUCCAAAAAUGCUUUUUUCCAGAAACAUCAGUUUCUGUUACAGUGAGUUUUCAACAGUAGCAGAAUUUUAUCAUUUUCACACUAAAAAUGUCAAACAAAUAGGUUUUAGAAAUGUGUUUACCUUUAGACCCUAUUUAGCAGGUUCUUAAGAAAACAUACCCUUGCAAAUUAUUUGUACACCACAUUGAGUCUCUGAUGUUACAGUAAAAACCCUAAACCACUUUUAAAAAUGUUAUUUGAUAGACUAAGUAGAUGUGAAGGAGUUCAUGACUGUUACAACAAAAACAUGUUAAACUAUGUUUUCAUUGUUUUUAUAAAAUACAAUUCUAAGAGGUGUAAAAUGCCUUUGUAUCCUAUUUCACUGAAUCAACACUGCCGAAGGAGGAUGUUUUGCUGCAGCUAUAGCUUUAGGCCUUGUGGGUUAAUUUUCUGUUAGCUUCAAUCAUUCGGAGACAAAACUUUCUGCUGUUCCUUAGUGUGAAAACAGCUGAAGAACAAAAAGACUGAAAGAUAUCUGUGAACAUCAACAAUAAAAUCAUGGUAUGGAACUGAACAUGGCUUUGAUUUAGACAUUGAUAGGGCCAUUGUAAAUCUUUUAAAAUAAUCUAUAUUUAUUUCCAUCUUUUGGCCAUCAGUUCUGAGCAGUUUCCCCAUCUGUACCAGAUCAUCUACAUACCAUGAUUCUGCUAUCACCGUGUUACACAGUGGUAGUGAUUUGUUCAAGGUAAUGUCCAGCGUUAGCAUUCUGA